AUGGCCGUCUUUCCGUGGUCGGACCGGCCACCGGCGGAUCACCAGCUUCCACACGACCGCCCGGCCUCGUCGCUGAGACAUCGCCUCGCCGCCAUCCUCGUCUUCUUUACCCAUCGCAUAUGGCGAGGCGGUCCGCGGCUGAUCCUGCAACUAGCGGCCUGCGUCCUCAUCGUGCCGCUGCUCCUGCACUUGCUGCCCACGCGCUUGACGGGAGGGUACCGUCUGUCCUGGUCAACCAGCCCGCCGCGUGAUACGGGCGCUCUGCGCAUCGUCGUCUUUGGCUCCCAGGAUGUUACAGGCAGCUCCUCGAGUUAUGCAGGGUCAGGUAAGACCUGGACUGAGCAACUAUGCUCAGAGCUGGAUUGUUCCUCGUAUCAGUCUUUUGUCCCCGAUGGCAACUCCAAGCCGGCCCUCACGUCCAACGGGCUGUACGGCAACGAGCUCCACGCACUUCAGGAACAAAUCAAGACGACCGACUUCCUCUCCGCGCCUGCCAAGGAUUACGAGUUUCUCCUGAAACAGUACCCCGUUCCCAUGGACUCUCCGGACCUCGAGGCGCAGGUCAAGCAGUUCCUUGCCCUGCCUCCUCCCGAAAACGCCCCGAGAAAUACGCUCUGGGUCUUCACUUUUGGCACAUGGGAUGUUUGGAACCUGGCUGCCUUCCCUCGCGUGUCGGCCGAACACCUCGUCGAUGCCCUCGUCUCACAUUUGUUCGCGCAGAUCGAACUUCUUUACUUGAAGGCGCUGAAUCCCACCUCAGUCGCCUUCUCCGACUUUUGGGCCAACGCGACCGAGAGCGAUGUCGACCGACUGGCGGACCCAAAGACGGCGAGCAAGGUUGACCGACGCGAAUUAGAGAGUUUCCGAAUCAUCAUUCCGCACCUGGCCGACAUGACCAUUGCGCCUGGUUGGCAGCAGCGGCCUGUGCCCUCGUACCCCCACUCAAAGGCUGAGCAGAUGCGCAACGCCGAUUUUUUGACCAGGCAUUGGAAUUCCCAGGUUAAGAAUGCGCUGGAAUCGUGGAACGCCAAGGGGCGGCGCCGACCCGACGGUAUCGAGGAAGAAAACGUCAAGGAGGUCACGGAGUUCCCAAAGGCAAAGUCUUUGCUUGGAUUCCUACCGUCGAAAUUCCAGCCGGAAAAGGAUCCGGGGCGGGAAACUGCAUCGGAAGAUGGCGUCGUGUACGCACCGUACCCGCGGCGCGCCGGGUUGCAGCUCAACCUGGCGGCACACAUCCUCGAUGCCAUGACGGAUGAAGAGUUGCGACGAUCCGGACUGAAGGACAGCAAGGGUCGAGGCACCCUUUCGGCCAACGAUUCGCUGUAUUUCGUCGACACCUGGACGCCUUGCACGGCCAAACCCGCGGUCGGAGUCAUCGCCGUGGAUGCUGGGGCUGACGGCGCGGUGUGCGAAAAGCCAGACGAUCACCUGUACUAUGACGGCUUCACUCUUGGCCAGCGAGCCAUCCGAGAGUUGGCAGGGUUGGCGGCCGACAAGAUUUCUCAUGAGUUGUUUGCUUCCUUGUAG